CCACACAGACAGAGAAGAGAAGUGCAUCAGGAGUCGCACAAGCAACGCAGCCCUGUAUUUAAAAGAAGUCCUGACAUCACAAAGUCUCCACUCACAAAGUCAGAGCAGCUCCUCAGAAUAGAUGAUCAUGAUUUCACCAUGAGACCUGGAUGUGGGGGUCCUGCAAUUCCGGUGGGAGUUGAUGUACAAGUGGAAAGUUUAGACAGUAUUUCAGAGGUUGAUAUGGACUUCACUAUGACUUUGUAUCUCAGACACUACUGGAAAGACGAGCGCUUGUCCUUCCCCAGUUCCAACAAUCAGAGUAUGACAUUUGAUGGCCGACUAGUCAAAAAGAUUUGGGUUCCUGACAUGUUUUUUGUUCAUUCCAAGAGAUCCUUUAUUCAUGAUACCACAACAGAUAAUAUUAUGCUGAGGGUUCAACCUGAUGGAAAAGUGUUGUACAGUCUCAGGGUGACAAUGACAGCAAUGUGCAAUAUGGAUUUUAGCCGUUUUCCUCUUGACACCCAGUCCUGUUCUUUAGAGAUUGAAAGCUAUGCAUACACGGAAGAUGAUCUUAUGUUAUAUUGGAAGAAUGGUAAUGAAUCAUUAAAAACCGAUGACAGAAUUUCAUUGUCACAAUUCCUUAUUCAGGCAUUUCACACAACUACAAGGCUUGCUUUCUAUAGCAGCACAGGCUGGUACAAUCGCCUGUACAUCAACUUUACAUUACGGCGCCACAUCUUCUUCUUCCUUCUGCAAACAUACUUCCCAGCAACUCUGAUGGUGAUGCUCUCUUGGGUGUCUUUCUGGAUUGAUCGCAGAGCAGUCCCUGCCAGAGUUCCCUUAUGUAUAACCACGGUGUUGACCAUGUCUACCAUCAUAACGGGAGUAAAUGCCUCCAUGCCCAGAGUCUCAUACAUCAAAGCCGUGGACAUUUAUUUGUGGGUUAGUUUUGUGUUUGUCUUUCUAUCGGUGCUGGAAUAUGCAGCCGUGAAUUAUUUGACCACUGUGCAAGAGAGGAAAGAAAGGAAAAUGCGGGAAAAGUAUCCUUGUACCUGUGGAGUACCACAACCACGUUCCAUGAUGGACAGCAGCUAUAGUGAUGGUGAAGUCAACAACCUUGGCAAUUACGUGUCAGAAAAUGGAGAAGACAGGAUCAUGGUGCAGCUAGCUCUCAAUGCAGAAAGAAACUCAAACAGAAGGAAGAGUCACCGGGCAUAUGUCGGCAUGCGCAUUGACACACAUGCUAUUGACAAGUAUUCAAGAUUGAUAUUUCCAGCAUCAUACAUUCUAUUUAACCUGAUAUACUGGUGCAUUUUCUUUUAAGCACGUAUUCUAAAAGACUGUUGCACUGGACUUUCUGCACUGGAAUUCUCGUAUAUAUUACUGUACAUAUUCAAUGUACAACAAGAACAGGGAGAUUUCAUUUUGUGCUGCUUCAUCCAUGCAGUACUCUGUCUUCUUUAAUUGACUUUUACUUUAAUAUCGCACAUAAUGUAUUACUUUUUUAGUAGAUAUGUGACACACCAAUGCUUAGUCAAGGAAACUAUUUGUCCGGAGCUGUAUUGCACAGCACACAGUGGAACUGGCUUUUAUUUGCCCAACAACUGCUUGUCCUCUGCUCCUUUCAUCGUGCCCUGUAAGAUAGAUUUUCAUUUUGCACCUACAGUAUAUGACCAGGUCUUCUAUGAAAGUACAUAUUUAUGACAUGUCAAUAAAGUCAAAUACUCAGAGCCUUUUUGGAUAGAAGUAACCUGGUUCCUUAGAAUACCUCCAAAAAGAAUACCUCCAUUGGGAUAUCAUAGACAUGCAUAUACAUGGAAAAACAGCAAUAUUUGUGAGUUCCUCCAAAAAGUCAACCAAGGGGUAGUUAAAAAUAUAAAAAGCAUUUAUUGGGACAUUAGAGGUAAAAGCCUAACGCAUUUCGUGCCAUAGUUUACUUGCUGUUUUUCCAUGUAUAUGCACCCACGAAAUGGGGUGAACUGUGAGUAUAUCCUCCUCUCUACAAUAUAUUUUUUGUUCUCUAACUAUUCAAUUCACAUCCACUGUGGUAGGUCCUACACUGGCUUUGUGCACCAAUUCAUUUAGUUGUCCUUAGAAUACCGUCAAGUUAUUCCAACCAACUGAACCUACCACCAAGUAAAUAUAUGAAAUAGAAAUGUGUGAUGUGGGUGUAGGUUAUCACUUGAAAGUUAAAGUCAAUAUAAACUCAUCUGUCCAACAUUACACAAAGAAGCAGAUGCUGUUUACUGGGCAAUAAAAUAAUCCAUACAGAAUUAUAACUCAAAUUCUAUUCUAAUUGACACUGAUAUACCAU